AUGGGGCGUAGGAUGUUCCAGGCUGGCGGUGAUUUGCGAGCACCGCCACCAAAAAUGGGCGAAGGUGACGCUUCUAUCGAAAACGGAUCAGCGGUGCCUGUUGCGCCAACGGUGAUAAAGGCUCCCAAGGAUCGCAGAAAAGUUAAUCAGCAAGCAAGUGAUUUCUCUGAUGUGGAUGAUUGGCCUACUUUGGGAACUGAGAAAAAAAUUAUUUCUGGGCCAUCAAGACAUAAUGGUCAUGUGAAAGCCAAUUCUGGAUCAAGUUCUGGAGAUAUUCAGUUUCCAAAAUUAAAUGAGUCUUUCAAGAAACCAGAACAAGGGUGUGAAACAACACAGAAAAAUGAAGACUCUAUUGCUCCUGUUACAGAGGCUGCAGAUCGCCGUAAAAGGAAUCCUAAACAAAAGUGGGUGCCUCUUGACAUUGAUCUAUCAAAAGCUCGAGGAAAGCGGGACCGGUCUCCAAAAUUUGGAGGCAAUCAUUAUAGAGAAAAGGAUUAUGGUUCAGACCAAUAUAGUCGGGAUGAAAAUGAUGGCAACUGGAGGAAUUCAGAUGGAUCUGAAAGAGGCGCUUUCCAAUACCGUGGUGGCCGUGGUGGUGCACCACGCUACCGUGGCCGUGGAAACAGAGGAGGGAGAGGUGGUGGAGGAGGUGGCCGGUGGGGAUACCGUCGAGUGGGUCCUAUGCUCCGGAAAGCAGAUUAUCCAGACUACCCUACAGAAUAUACUCAGGUGAAUAAAUUUCUUCCUGGUGGUGAUAACCCUACCUAUGUAAUGCCCUACAUGGGGACCUUUUACUUUGGGACAAACGGUUUUAUGAAUUUGGAUGAACCAACAUUAAAAGAAUACAUCCGGAAACAAAUUGAAUACUACUUUAGUGAAGAAAAUCUACUACGAGAUUUCUUUUUACGCCGUAAAAUGGAUUCGGAAGGUUAUUUACCUAUUCAGCUUAUAGCAUCAUUCCAUAGAGUUCAGGCUCUGUCAACUGAUAUAAAUGUGGUUCUUGAUGCCAUUAAAGAUUCAGAAGUGUUGGAAAUCAUUGACUAUAAGGUCCGAACAAAAACUAAUCCUACGAAGUGGCCCAUAAUUGAACCUGCUUCAAAGUCUUUCGAUGUGUCAAGCAACCAAGAACAUAUUUCAGUUGUUCCUCACUUGAAUGGUGUUCUCCAAUACCCACUUCCUGCAGCAGGGCCCCUGGCUCACAUACCUCCAGCACCCCUGCCUCAAAAUUUCAGAACAUUCCCUGCACCUGUUAGUCAAAUAAAGUCUCAUCCUGUACCCACUCUUCCAGUGGUAAAUGGGGAUCCUCAGUUACAUGCAGAUAAUUUGAAUCCGGAUGUGCCUGAAUUUGUUCCUGUUACUGUUCGGGUGCCAGGUGAAGAGGAAGUUAAUGAAGAGAAAGAUGAUGCUGAAGAGAAUGAAGCACCUGUAGAAAAAGGGGAAGAGGCAAAAGAAUUUCCUGACAAAGUUAUAGAAGAAGGAAAGAGACCUGAGAAAACAGUAUCUCCAGUGACCUCGGAGGGACAUGCUUUGCUUAUAGAGGAGGCCACUCAAGCACUGGAAGCAGUAUCAGUCUCUUCUCCCCCAAAGUCUAGCCCUGUACAUCUAGCAAAUGCUGAAGUGGAAACUUGGCGAGAGGUCAAGAGGAAAGUUAAAUUGCCUCCUAAAGAUAAGGUGGAGGAGAAAAGGGGGAAAGAGCAGUUCGAAGAAAGAGAGGAACUGGAUUUCCAGUUUGAUGAAGAACUUGAUGUUCCAGUGCCAUCUGGAAGGCACAAUACUUUUACUGACUGGUUUGUCCUGUUUUUGUUUAUGUUACCAGAAAUCCCUUCAAUGAAUAUUAUCUCUCAAAUUUUGUUAUUGUCAGAAGAUGAAUCUGACUACGAAUUGAGUGAUCAUGAGAUCAACAAAAUUCUGAUAGUGACUCAAGUUACUUCACAUCCAUCACGUUGUCCUAAACAUGAGGGCUAUGAUCGAACUGGUGAUUGGACCACAAGGGUAAAAAUAACUCAGGAUCUUGAACAAGUCAUUAAUGAUGGGUUAUACUAUUACCAAGAAGGUCUUUGGACUGAAAAUGAUUGGGUGCCACAGCCUUCUGGAAGUUACAAGACUGUGAAUAUCAUUACUCAAGAAGAUUUUGAGAAAAUGGCACCACAAGCUCCAAGGAAACAUAAUCCUGACGCACCUCCACCGCCACCCCCCCCUUCCUUAACUCAGUCAUUUGCAUCAGAAGAUGAAGAAAUAACGACAUCAGAUGUUCUUCCAGUCUCGGCUCCGGUAGCUGUGGAGGUAGCUCCCAGUACAUCUGAUGACCAAAUAGAAUCAAAUCGUGCACGACAUGUACCUCAUCCUCGAGCACCUAGAUUCUUUGCUGUGGUAAAAAAUGAACCAUCUUUGGACGUGCGUACACCACGUAAACAGAAAACACGACAUAGUAGUAAUCCUCCUGUGGAGCAUCAUGUGGGAUGGAUUAUGGAUGUACGAGAACACAGACCAAGGACAAGCUCAAUGAGUAGUAGUGCUGGAACAAGUCCUAAUGAAGGCUAUUUAGCGAGCAGCUAUGGAAGUACACCACAGUCACUGCCAACAUUUCAACAUCCUUCACAUUCCCUUCUCAAAGAAAACAACUUCACGCAAGAAGUGUAUCACAAAUACCAUUCUCGGUGCUUAAAAGAACGCAAAAGGCUAGGGAUUGGCCAGUCUCAAGAAAUGAACACUCUGUUCAGAUUCUGGUCUUUCUUCUUGAGGGAAAAUUUCAACAAAAAGAUGUACGAAGAAUUUAAGACUUUAGCAUUAGAAGAUGCUCAUGAAGGUUAUAGGUAUGGUUUAGAAUGUCUCUUCAGAUACUAUAGUUAUGGCUUAGAAAAAAAGUUUCGUCCAGAUAUAUAUAAAGAUUUUCAAGAAGAAACAAUGGCAGAUUAUGAAUCAGGCCAGCUGUAUGGUCUAGAAAAGUUUUGGGCCUUUCUCAAAUAUUAUAAACAUAGUCCCAAACUGCAAGUUGAUUCCAAAUUGACUGGAUUUCUUUCUAAAUUCAAGAGUAUAGAAGAUUUUAGGGUUGUUGAGCCAGGUGAUGAAAAUGCAAUUCGAGAAAAUCAAAGAAUACAAGCCAUGAAGCGGCGAAAUAGAAGUGUAUCCGAAAGCAACAGUGCAGAUGUGAGACACAGACAUACAUCACAACUCCAGAAAAGAGUCAGACGUUUAUCUGGAGGUUCAGGAGCAUUUGGAGGUCCAAGUAGGCAACGUGCAGAUUCUCUAGGAAACUGCUCCCCAGAUCCCUUCAGAGUUCGGUGCAAGCAAAAUGUCUCGGAAACCUUUGGAUCAGGGAGAGUUCGAGCAGAUUCUUUUGGACCUUCUACCUCAAGGAAGCGAUUCGAUUCUGCUCCAUCAGCGUGUGCCAGUCAAGGUUCAAGCAAUAGAAAUAGAGUAAAUUUUGAUUUGGGUGAUAAGAAAAUUAGUAACAGUAAUGUUAAAAGUGACUCAAGCAGUGUGCACCCUGGAACUUCUAAGAAUUCUGAUGUUAGAGAAGUGAAUCCUCCAACUUCCACUUCAAAAGCAAGUCAUAAAAAGAAGGAAUCUCCACAGUCAAGUAAUACCAUAAAUGAGAAUUCUAAGACUACUUCUAACAAGGCAGAUCCCAAAUUAAAACCUGAAUCCACUUCUCAUAAGGAUUCAAAGAAGUUGUAAAAUACAUUGGUGCUCAUUUCAUUGUUGUUCAAUUCAUUCUUUCAGGAAUAAUCCCAAUGUGAAAAAAUUCUCAACAAAACAUGCUCUGGGUAUUGCAAAAAUGUUCUAAGAGCCGUAAUGGAGUCCUUUAUAUUGUUAAUGUUCAGUAGCUGCUGUAAACAUGAUUGAGUUACGGAAAGCAGACAGUCUUUAUGAGCACGUUCCCUAGUCUGGUGAGCACUUGUAGCACUAGCUACGUAGUGCCCGUGUUCUGUGAACAUAUGCAUUUGCAUUCCAAAUCUUUUAUAAGUAUGUUUAGUGUUCUCCUGAAAAUAUUGUUGAAGUUGAAGUGAGGAGAAAACAAUGCCUGCAGUGUACUUGUCUCCUUGUUUAAUCAAGUAGAUUUCAGGCAUUACAGCUUAUUGGCAUGCAAUGAAGCACCUAAGAGACUUAAAAAAAUUGUAUGCUCUUCUCUGAAGACUAAUCAUGUGCUAUAACCUUGCAUGCAAAUUCAUUGAAAAUAUUGUUUUAACUACGCAAAAUAUUUAUAAUCAUGUUCCAAUAAAACAUUCAGCAUUUGGUUCCAUUAUAUCGACAUUGAGAAAUUACAUAAAUAUUUUUACAGUAAAUCUUUUCGUGACUGAAAUUUCAAAUUUUUUCUCAUGUGGUGCCAUAAGCAGGUUGGGAAUGAUUGUUCUCGAUUUUAAUACAUUAAUCGCUAAUUUUGAACCAUUAAUUAUGAGCCAUAUGCUGAAUUGUGACAAGUAAAAUAGCAAUUAUGAUUGUCAAAUUAAUGUAUUCUUGUAGUUAGUGGGUUUGUGCUUUCCCUAAUUGGUAUAAUUGGGAAUUUUUAAUCAUUAUUUUAAUAUCAAAAGAACUAUUGUUAUAGGUACUUCAUUGAAUUUGUACCCAUGCUUAGUUUCUUCUAAUAGUGGUCUUCCAUUGCAAUUGAAAAGGAAUUUUCUGUAAAGAAGAAAUAACAAAAAUGGACUGCCUUUGUAUGAAAUAGGGUUGUUGAUCCAAGUCCAGUUUGUACCUUCGUCAUUAUCCUUUUGGUUUUGUGCACUACAUAGAUCUCCUGUAAAUAUAUUUUUUAAAAUGGCUGUAAAUAUUUUAAAUUGGUUGAAGUCACUGGGACAAUACUCUGUCCUCCUUGUGUUCAUAUCUGACAGAACGAAUUGUAUCACUGGUCUAUACAAUGGUUAUGUUUCCCCAAUGACAUUGAAGGUCAUUCAUUGUGAUAUUUUGUUGAUGACUCUUUACAGUUAUUGAACCCAAAUGUUACUUGUUUUAUUGCUUCUAUAGUUUAAUGACAUAACUGAAAAAAAUAAUUGAUAAUUCUGAAGCUAAUGAUUAAUUUUAGUUCUGGUACUAAGGAUUUUGAACACUGUUUGUUAUUACACCAUUGUUUUGUGUCCACACAGUUCUAUUGGCACCUUUAUGUAUAUAUGUGUAUAAUUCUAUUAUAAUUUAUGGUAUCUUCUCAUCUUGUGUGCAAAGUGAAUUUACUUAUAAAAUAAUUGUUAAUCUGGAAGAAACUGAUAUCUGUUGUCAAAUUCAAUUUUCAUUGUUGUUUUGGAAAGUGCAAGACAUUUUGUUGGAGAUCAUGUAUUUCAGGAUAUUUAGUAUUGACUAAAAUUAUAGAAUUUUACAGGUAUUAAGGAAGGAAGGAAGCAUAUUUUAGGAUUCAGAUAUUCUUGCAAUGCCUCAACAAUUCAUAAAAUGUACAAAUAUAGGGAGGUAUAGGAAGGUUUUUAAUGUUUUUUUAAUUUGUGCUACUCUUUAAAGGAAAAUACUGCAAAUAAUAUUUGCUAGUUGUCAGCUGUAAUUUUGGUGCUCGUUUUGUAUUUGCCGAGACCUAAUGAUUCAAAUUGUAGAUUCACUUUCAAUUUAGCGUUAACUUAUGAAUCAUGUUAUAAAUAUACAUAUAAGUAUACAUAGAAAGACUUGGAAAAAUUCAGUACUGUGUGUUUAUUCAAAAGUAUACCCAUACUUACUGUAAGAGUUCGGCAACUUAAUACAUAUGAUAACAAUUCUGACAUAAUUGUUGAUAAGUUACAUAUUUAGGUGUAUUCUUUGAUAUCAGUAAGCUUUCAUAAUUUGUCUUGUAUAUAGGAAUUUUUUUGGUAAAUUUUUUCUUAAAAAAAAAAUAAGGCAGUGCCUGCAAUAAGAUGUUUCUGAGAACUUCACAUUUUAUUACAUUUUAUUUUUUGAAACAUGCAUCAUUUAAAUAUACUGUUAUUACAUUCUUGUAAAUUACUAAUAUUUGUUUAAGUAUUGCUUAGAAUCUGAAAUACAUGAUGUUAAUUUAGGAGGCUCUCCUUCAUUGUAUAUAUAAAGCAAGUCCCUUUUGACUGGUAAUAAUUUAUGAACAAUUCGACUGUUGAAUUUCUGUUUGCUCUAAAGUGCUCCGCUCAGUCUUGUAAAUAAUUAGGAAAGAUGCAGUUUUAAAUCUUGGAGUUAUAAAUGUCCAAGAAGUGAAUAUUUUACCAAGUAGUAUGCUGUAUGUUUUGCUUACAUAUAUACAAAGUAUGACUGUGUGAAGGGCUCUUGGGCAGUGAAUUUUUUUUUUAAGUAUUGAUGACUCACAUUGAGAAAGAUAUAAACAAGUGUACAUGAAUAGUCUGUGCGAAUGCAUUGUUUUUUGUUUGUAUAAUUAUUUUUAAGUUUUAAUAACACAUUUCUUAUUGGUUUCAAGGGAAAUAGUGUAGGGGUGAUAAAGGGUAUACUUUCUUAUUGUGGUUUUAUUUUAUUAUAUUUCUCUCUCUUUUUCUUUUUGUUCCUUUCUCUGGCGUUGUUACUGUUUUCUUUGUGUGAUGGGGCUGCAUUUAUUUCACUGCAUUAUCAAAGUGGGUUCUUCAAAUCCCUUUGACAAGAUUUACCAUUUAUUUAUAUAUAUUUACAAAAUAUACCUUCAAUUGCUCUGUUAAGUUUUAAUGUUUUAUUAAAUAUUCAUUUUUGUUACCUGACUGUUGGACAGCAAACAGAAUAUACUUUAAAUAAUAAAAUACCAGACACAAUUUUUAGUAAAGUGUUUGAAACACACAAUGUAAGCAAGUGAGGAAAAUCCGUGUUGUAAUUGGAAAACUUUCAAAAAUAAGUUUUGUAAGCUGGAAACAUGGCCUCAGAAGUGUUUCAUGUUCAUCCCUUGAGGUUUGAGUAAGAGAGGCAAAUUUCUUUCUUUCUUUCUUUCCUGCCCAUGUUUCAGAGUUUACUUCAUAAAAAAUUGCAGAUUUUCUGAACAAAACAUAAAGCUUCCACUAUUCCUUAAUGAGAUUUGGACUUCAGAGCUUCAAGGAUGUAUUUCAUUUAAAAAUUAAAUGGUUGAUUAAGGAAUAAUUUUGAAACUUUCUGCAAGAUACAUGCAAUUCUUGGAACACAUGAAUUUUGAAAGAGAACUUCACAGAUACUUCAGUUUUUGUACUUUUCCAUGAAAAGGAAAGAAUUUUUCAGUCAUCUUGGUGAGAUGAUUGGAGGAGCACAAGGUUUUUGCUGCAAUAUAGCAGUGUCCACGGCUGUGAUUAAACUUUUUAUCUAUCUUUUCUUUUGUAAUGAACCUAAAAUUGUUUUGGUAUUGAGAAAUGGUAUAGAUUUCUAUUUGAGUAGAAUAUAGCAGAGUAGAAAUCUGUUGCAACCAAGCAGUUUUGUUCAUGAAAACUUCCUUAGAUAUCCAAUAGCUACUUCGGUGGUUGUAGUUAGUCCCAUAUAGUACUUGAUCUACAUGCAUUAUGGGAUUUAGUAGGAAUUGACAAAUUAUGCUGGACAACUUCUAAGUAAUAUUUAAGUGAGAAAUUAAAGACUGUCUUGGCUGGAGCUUUGUUGCAAGUUAUAGCUCUUUCUGAUAGAAAAAUAUUUUUUUCAUUUCAUGGAAAAGUGGCUUUUGAGAUGGAAUAAAAUGCUCAAAAUGGUAAAAAAAAUUUUUUUUAUAGUAGAUCAUGUUUUUUGUUUUAAUAUAUCCGUUGAUAAUUCAACUUCUGGUGUUGAACUUGUACAUACCCUGAUUUCUUCUCACAAAAUGGUGUUAUUAGUAUUUUGAAACAUGCUCGAGUGCCUUGUUUCUUCACAAAGUAAGGAAUCCAUUCUUAUUAUUUCUGUCAAAUUUUCUUCAUAUAUAUAGAUAUAUAUGGAGUAAGUGGUUAGUGUAGAUUAGUAGUUUUGUAUGUAUGUAUUCAAUUAACAAUAGAUAUAAGUGUUUGGGGACAGGAUGAUAGCUUGAAAAUUAUUUGUGCACUCGGUUGAAUCUUCCUUUUGGAAAAUGCCAAGUAGAGAUUUAAAGCAAUCUGCACAGGUUUUAUAUAAAGAAGUAAUUAUUAGUUUCAUACACUGGGUGAUAUAAUAAAGAGUAUGAGUACUUACUUCAAUACACAGUACUUUCACUUAGUGGUAUGGUUUUUUGGAAUUCAGUUUUUUGUCUCAAGUGGAUUAUUUCCUUGAUUGGUUUGUGGACUGGUUUCCUUAAUUCUUUGGUUGGUUUCUUCCAAUUGAUGCUUAGUUUUGAUUUUAACUUUGUGAUUUUAUGAGACAUGCAAAGAAGUAAAUAUUUUUUGUAAGUGUACAUGUUGCCUGAAUACUUUAUUAAACUUGUAACAGAAUGCACUUCCAGGUAUAAUAAAACUUAUUGAGAAAAGAAAAAAAACUUAUUUUUCUGUUUGUGGAAUUCAACUGAAGUUGAUACGUUAUCUAGAAAUAAUCAAUAUACAAAAGGAAAUAAAAUUUUAUUUAUAAUAGGGAUAAAUUAACUUCUUAAAGAAUGGUUUAAAGAAAAUCUCUUACAAAUUCUUAGUGGUAUAUUUGCGGUAUAAUUGGAUUCUUUUCUCAAAUUCAUUAUCUUGUGCCUGGAAGUGGCUUACUUGAAAAAUACUAGUCCAUUAUUCAAAAAACUGGGGAACACAGUUCCUUAGAAGAAAAGAAUUCGGUGUCAAUAUUCUGAUGCUGGCAUCUUGUGGUGCAAACUUGCUAGUCCCAAAUUGAAAAACUUUUUAAUUUGCUAGUUCAAGCAUAGUAAAUUUUCAAAAUGUACAUUCAUUUGUGAAUUAUGGAAAUGCUAAUGAUUGAUAAAAUUAAUUUUAAUUUUUGGGGAGUGUAAUACAUAUUUUGAGAGAAUAGGGCCCUCCAAAAUAGUUCCUAUGGUGGUAAUAUUGGUAUCUGAAUCUUCUUUGAGCCAUGCUUCUAAACUGUAAGCCAUCAAACUCUACUAGCCUCAUAUUAAUGAUGCUGAAAAAGCAGUUAUUUCUGAUCCCUGUGCAGCAUUUGUGAUGUAAAUAGCAGUGGCACAGUGCGAUAGAUUUUGCUGGGUAUGAUGAGAUUUGUGCAUGUGUAGUGCUGAACUUGUAGCUCAAGAGUUUGAAACUGCAUAGUGUUCAUCUUAUCCAGUAAUGAAUUGUUUCAGGCACAUUAAGUUGAGAGAACAAAAUUUUGUUUUGUGUAUAUCAAAUCGUGCAUUUUCUUGUGUAUACAUAUAGCAAUUGAUAAUUUCACAUGUGUAUUUGCAAAAUGUGUAUGUUUAUGAGUAUGUUUUAUUCAUUUUGUGAAUAAAAAAUAAUAAAAAAAAGCGAAAAACGGAAAUCGCAAA